AUGAUUUAUAGUGUAAACGAGAGUUGGUACUCCAUCACAAUUGGAGCUGUUUUCUGCGAUAUAGAGUUUGAUGAUGCCAGCAUAGACAGUUCGAGUCUCAUUGCGAUAGUGAUACGCCACAGAGUUGUAGUAUGCCACCUAUAUUUUGCUUUCACCUUCUCGCUUACCUAUCACACUUCUGUCCUGCUUAUUACAACUAGGUACUCCGCUGUGGCGGAGGCGGAGGCCAAAGCAAUGCUAGAGGCCGGACGACGAGCUAAAGAAAGAGAGCAGCGACGCAAGGAACGUCGUGAGCGCAUGGAAGCGGUGACGUCUGCACUCAAUGCAGAAAUAGACCGAAAGAGGGAUCAGCGGUCGCAAAUCUCAAGAGUGGACUAUCAUAAGUCGAUCCCUGCCCCUACACGUGUGCCUACGCAGAUUUCCGAAAGAGAAGUUGUAGGUGAUAGUGUAAAGGCUGUGGAGGCUGAAGGAGAAUCUACAUGUAACGAAGAGAGUGCUACGCCAGCGACAGAAAAGCAUGUCCCAGAGACGACUACUUCUAAAGUCGAAUCACCAGUACAAGAGACUGAAAACGGCUACGAUGUAAACACUGCUCAGGAAGAAGAGGAAGAGGAGUUAGAACUAACCGAAGCUGAAGAUGCCGGUAAAGCUGAAGUUGAAUCCGAGGUUGAAGCUGAAGCUGAAAUCGAUGCCAAGUCGAACGAAAAUCCUUUCGAAGUAUCUUCUAUGGCAGAGGAAAGUAACGAAGAAUCGGGUAGUGAGUUGUCCGAGACAUGCGCUGAUGAAGAGGCGGAUACCGAUAUUGUUGGUGAAGAGAGCGUUGAGGCUGAACAGGAACAGGUAGAAGAGAAAGUCGUUCAGAAGGACGAGGUGAUGACCGAGGUGAAGGCGUGCACUGAAGCUGUGGAAGACAAAGAGUACACACUAAGUGAACUGCAAGCUAUGGUAUGUUGCCAUCGUCAACUUUAG